CUCCAGUAGUCGUCCUGGCAAAUACAAGUACUACAAGUAAUAAUGCUACAACUCCUGCUGGAGAACAAGCUAUUUCACGUUCAACGGGUAGCUCCACAGCUUCAACACCUACAGCCUCAAGAACAACUACAGCUCUUCAAGUACAGGAGGUCUUACAGGGUCCAUCAGGAUCAGCUUCAGGAGCACCCUGGAACACAACUUCUACCACUUUUAAGGGUAUAAAUACAUAUAUUUUAUAAGACAUCCAUCUUCACUGUCACCUUGGUCCCGUUUUUAAAGGGAAAAAAUGGGGACCCAAGAUGCUGCUGAGGAUGGAUCUUCGUUAGUUCUAACACUUCUACUACUAGCUCUAGUCCGUGGUUGCAUGUCGCCACCUCUACUCACCUUGUGUCAGCGUUGGCCGUCGUGCUCUUUUUCGUGUCCAUGUUUGUGAUCACCCAGAUUCACAACGUAUGCAAAGAGAGAGCCAGGAUAGCGGAACUAAUGGCGUAUGCCAUAUCUGGACGAGGAGAAAAGAUACUUGAUAC